AACCUGACAGCAACAAGGCUUGGUGUCACUGUGACUCCAGAAUCAUUCAUCAUGUCCACCAUGGAUUUCAGUUGACCGACCGAGAUAGACGUUUGCACCUUCCUUCAUGUCACCAUAACCAGAUUACCCCACCUGCCGCAUGGUAACCAUCCACGCCAUCAUCGUUGAACUCCCAACUUUCAACAUUCAAGUCUACAAAAAUGCCAUUCUUUGGCAAAAGACGCCGCAAAUAUGAGGCGGACCCAGAUACGUUCGCAUCAGCAGGUCCAGGCCUACAUCAGCCGUACCUACAACAGGCCCCUCCGGCCUAUUACACUCACCCCAUGCCUACUCACAACACUCGACCUUCACUCCCUAACAUGACUUCAUCGCCCAUACCCACGACGAACUACCAACCCUAUCUACCCUUAACAAGAACUUCCACAGCGCCACCACGUCCAAUACCACCGAGACCGCAGGAUCCUAGACGAACUCUACACCAAGAGAUCGGAGACAAACUGGGAGAUGUCCUCACGCUUAUGGAUGAGGAUGCCUUUACAGGUUCAGAUGCUGCGCUCCAAGCCAUGUUUCCAGACGUGCAAAACCCAGAAUCUGCAAACUUUCAUCUCGCAGACCGAUCUUCUGGCGCCGUUAGCGGCAGAAGCGGCAAAGGCCAAGCUAAUCACAGAGGCAAGGGCGAUCAGAGGACUGUUUUCUCCAAGGUCGAUCUAUAUAUCAAUUCUCGCUUACCUGCCUCACUCCCUCCCCUGCGCGUGUACAUUCCAACUUAUCCCUUAUUAUGUCUAGCUGCUCAAUAUUCGUCCAGUGCGUAUGCCACUCCUCAAUCCCGCUCUGAAAGAAAAGACUUCGUCUCAGCAGACGGACGUCUCGGCACCAAGGCUAUGGUGAUCAAGUCUGUUCCGUGCGACGACAAGAAGACGAUCGUGUUUGCGAUUCGAGGCACGUCAAUGAUGAGCAUUCGAGAUUGGGGUGUCAAUCUUCAGACUGAUGCUGUCUCUCCCCGAGGCUUUCUCGAUGAUGAGGGCAAUCUAUGUCAUUCCGGGUUUCUCAAAGUUGCCAAAGCCAUGGUCAAGCCAAUUGCUGCUAGACUCCGGACUUUGUUGGAAGAAGACCCCAAUCGCACAAGUUGCUCCCUUCUCAUCACAGGGCACAGCGCUGGAGGUGCUGUAGCGAGCUUGCUUUAUACCCAUAUGCUCUCAGAAUUGGUCCAGUCGGAGCUCAGUAUCUUGACUGGAUGCUUUCGAAGGGUGCACUGUGUGGUAUUUGGGGCCCCGCCGAUCAGCCUCUUAUCGCUGCAGAAACCGAGGACUGUUGAUGGUCGGCUACAGAAAUGCAUCUUCUUCUCCUUCAUGAAUGAAGGCGACCCGGUCGUACGAGCCGAACGGGCUUAUAUCAAGAGCCUGGUCGACCUUCUCUCGCAACCCCUCCCAGCCAAAAUUCCAUCUAAUCAUCCAUCAUCUUCUGCUUGGAACCUUCUCAAUGCAUCAAUGUCCCGAUUGGAUCUUCAACUCAAGCCUUCGAAAAGGCCGCAGAUGAAACCUCACACCACCCAGCUCCAAGCAAGGACCUUGUGGUGGGAUGUACCGCCUUCAUACCUUUCCAACGCAGGUCGUCUGAUUGUUCUGAGGGUUCCAGAUGGAGGUCAGGAGGCCGACGUGACAGCGAGCACGGUCAAGGACGAGCAACUACGACAAGUCAUGUUUGGAGACCCACUUGUGCAUGCGAUGGAUGUUUACGCCAGAAGAAUAAACUGUUUGGCGGUCAGAGCAGUCACAGGCGGUGUUGUAUGACCUCUGGUACGAAGUAUGCCUGCGGACGGAGAGAGAGAAAAUGAGAAUGAGGAAAUCGCGCCGUUGGGCUAAGCGAUCUGAUUUUGACUAGUCCUCUCAACAAUCUUGAAGCCAUAAUUAGUGUCAGCUUUGAUGAGUCUCGGCCGUAGACCCCCGACUGCCAACGUCAACUGUGCACUACCAGAGUGUAUGGGGCAUCUUCUGGAAUUGGAUCAACACAAACGCAGUGUUCGGACCCUGAGGCCUUGUGACAGCUUAUGGAUCGUCCGAAUCGGCGAAAAAUCUGGCAACUUGGAAUAGCCAAGUGACCCACUCAACGACAAUGUCAUGGAGUUGUGGGUCUGUUGUAUCGAACAAGGACUUCUGGAAACGACUCAUCACCAAUUGACAUCCUCGGUUGGAGAUACUCACCCUCGCCGAGCGAUAGCAUCUCGAUUGACGAUCUCCACGGCGCUCUGAUCAAUGCAAUAUGGAACAGUUUGACAUUGUGAUCAGCAAGACAGCUGACGAAACAAUGAGAAGAUUGAGAUUCCUAGUCUUCUGCCUUCCUGUGUCGUUAUAGGGUUGGACAGCACGUGGCUUAUCUGUACCAUGAUGAUUGUGGCUCUUGUGGAGAUGGACGCUCGCAUCAAAAGGGGACACUGGGGAAGAUGAGUCUGGCGACACACGGUGAUGCUACUAGAAGAGGACAAUAGAUGCGCAUGCCUAUCUUGUGUGGAGAUGGACGAGGACAGACGGGAACGGAGAUCAAAAUCUCAUGUCCACUUGCGGCCAGACGACACUCAGAGCAACCAAGAGCAACCAAGAGCAACCAAGAGCAA